GGCAGCAUCGUGGUGGAACUGACCACGGCCCUAUCAAGCAUACAGAUAUGGUCCUUUUGGAUGCACAGGGCAAUCACAUGUACGCUGAGGUCCCAGAGAAGAAUGUUGAUAGCUUCAUCGAUCGUAUCGAAGAGGGGAAGAUAUAUGACAUCCGAAAGUUCCUGGUGUUCCCAAGGAAAUACGUUUUUAGACCGGUGGAGGGUCAUUCAAUGAUAAAGUUUACGAAGCGCACUGAGCUUGUGGAGAGGACUGGAAUGGAGGCGGAGUUCCCCUUCUGUACGUAUGCGCUUACUCCGAUAGCUCACCUCCCCAGGCCAGCAGACAUGCCUGAGCGCUUUACAGAUGUCAUUGGAUUGGUUACUGGAAUUUCUGAAGCUGUUCAGUAUGUUAGUGCAAGCAGGACUGAGCCUUCUACUAAACGAGUUAUUCAUUUGAAAGAUCUCACGGGUCAUCAGAUCACUGUCAUACUGUGGGAGAAGCAGCCCUGAAUUUUGAAGCUGAUGAGGUGAUGGAGCUUGGCAGCACCGAACCUGUCAUAGUCAUCCUU